AAGGAUCCUGGGAGAGCUCAGAGAGAUUGGAGGGGUGGAAAGUGGGCAAAUUACAUGUUCAGUAUUUUUUGUUUUGAUAAUAAAAGGAACACGACGAGGUGAAAGCCAGCAUUUGAGGUGUUUCAGUUCAUUUUCAGGCAGCAGUUCUUCAGCCUGGAAAUCCAGUUAUUUUAGUGUCGAGGAUGUCACCCUCUAGUAUUUUCUUCCUCCUGAUUUUAGGUUCCAUGGUGGACACCAAAACCUCACCUGAAAAAGGAUCCCUGCUCUAUCCCUAUGGACCAGACCAGGGGGAUGAAACCAACCCCAAACUUGAUGAUGGGACAUCUGAGGCAAUCACCCUCUCCAUUCCCUUCACCUUCUAUGGCAAAACCCACCAAACUGCGUUUGUGAACAACAAUGGGGUGAUCUCCUUUGACAAGCCUGUCAGACAAUACACCCCUGACCCCUUCCCUCUGGCGGACGGGCGCCCUUUCGUGACUCCCUUCUGGGCAGAUGUGGACAACGUGGAGGGUGGGGACAUCUUCUACCGCCAGAGCACCGAUCCGGCGCUGCUGGGGGACAUCAGCCAGCACAUCACCCAAUACUUCCCCGAAAGCCCCUUCACUGCCACCUGGGCCUUCAUGGCCACCUGGGACCAUGUGGCCUACUGGGGCUCCAAAUCUGACAAGGGCAACACCUUCCAGGCUGUGCUGACCACUGACUCCAAGAUGUUCUACAUCAUCCUCAACUAUUGGGACAUCCAGUGGACCACAGGGGCAGCAAGUGAUGGGGAUGCUGAAACAGGACUUGGAGGGACCCCAGCACAUGCGGGAUUCAAUAGCGGUGAUGACACCAACUUCUACAACAUCCCUGGAUCCCAAACAGAUGCCAUCAUCAACAUCACCACCACCUCCAACGUCAAGGUCCCAGGACGCUGGGUCUUUAGGGUGGAUGACUUCCAGGCCCCAGAGGUGGAUCCUCCCCAGCUGGAUAACAGCUGCUGGUUGUGAAUUGAGGGGAGUGUGGCAGAGGGACAUCACCACUGCCACUGUUAUCACCAAUGAAGUCACUGUGCAGGUCAAGAUCAUGCCAGCUUCUAGCAGAGCAAUAAAAUUUCAGCUAAGACAUUGCAGUAUCCAUGUCCUUGUCAUUGUCAUGGCACCCAUGGUCAUGUCAUCACAUGUAUGUCAUCAUCACAUUUAUGUCAUCCUCACCCUCACUGUUCCCACAGUUACAGGGGAUCUGAGGGGUUUCGGGGUGAAAUGUGACAGAAUUAAUCAAAUUUUGCCUUUUUGGGUGGUAACUUCUGGGGUCUUGUGCAAUAUGAAGUCACGGGGCAGCCACGUACACAGUAGACAAAAUCCACAACAAACACCUUGGCACACACCCCCAAAAUGCUUUACCUGCAGCACACUUGGGCAUCAUAAGACACACAAAACAUGCAAGACACAACUUUACCCCUCCCCAUCCUUGACUCCUCACAGAACCAUGGCAACAUUAAGGCUGGAAGAGAACUCCAAGAACCUCAAAUCCAACCUUUGACUGAACAUCCCAUGUCAAGCAGACCAUGGCACUGAGUGCUAUGUCCAGAUGUUUCUUGAACACUCCAGGGAUGGUGAUUACACCACCUCCCUGAGCAGGCCAUUCCAAUGUCCAGUGACCCUUUCUGUGAAGAAAUUCCUCCUGAUGUCCAGCCUGAACCUCCCCUUGUGGAGAGUUUUGUUAAAGAGUGGCUUGAGGAGAGAGGACACAGCUGAAUUAAUUUGGGAAAGAUGUCCUAACUAGGGCAGAGACAGGCAGAGGCCUUUUUGUGUCUGUAGCAGGAUAGAGAAUGGAAAAGUACAAGACCAUGCUUAGUUGCAAAUCUUGCAGGUGUGAGGUGAUGUGUCCUUGAGCCUUGCAAAAUAUGAUAAAGAAAUGGACAGUGAGGCAGGAGAAAUAGAGAACGUAGUCUCAAAGGAAUGUGGAUGAGUUAAUGCUAUAGUUUAACCAAUAGAUUGCUUGUCUUACAGAAUAUUCAUAAGCUUAUUAUUUGCUGUAUAAGUGUUUGAUACUUUUUCAAUAAAGCAGGCCAUGAUGAACCAA